AUCGUUCAUUCAUUAGUUAUACACUGCCCCAUAUACCACGUGAAAACGAGAAAUUUGUAUUUUUGAAAAUGUUGAAUAAUUCUCCGGACAGAAAUUUUGAUUAUGACGAGGGUAGGAGACAUUCGAAUUUGUCGAAUUUAGAAAAAAAUUGUAGCCAAAUGUUCGCUAAAGGGCCCGCGAUUACUAAAGAGUUUUUCGAGAAAAUUAAUACUGAAGUUGUGCCUCCGAAGACCUAUUUUUUCGGGUAUCAAAUGAAUACUAGGAGAUUUAUAGUCGUUACUGGACUCAUUCUACUCUUCACCUUCAGCACAAUGGGUACCAUCACCAUGUGGUUCACUAACACCUUCCAGAAACGUAUCGAAUCUUUCAGAGUACUCUCAGAAGAAUCAUUUAAUUUCGAGUAUUGGAGAGUACCGCCACCGAAACCACGCAUCAUGUUUUAUUUUUUCAACUACACCAACGUCAAAGAUUGGGAGGCAGGCAAAGUGGAAAAAUUACACGUUGAAGAAGUGGGCCCAUACGUUUAUUAUGAGGAAUUAGAAAGGUUCAACGUCAGAUUUAGUAAAGCUGAUGGUACUGUUUCAUACCAGGAAAAAAGGACUUACACGUUUAGUCAGGAAUUAUCGAAAGGUUCCAAAGAUGAUUUACUGGUCGUACCAAAUAUUUUGCUACUCGGAGGAGCGGCUGUGGUCAAAAACAUGAAUUUCUUGAUGCGCUUGAGCUACAAUGGGCUGAUAAAAGCUCUGUCAGAAAAACUUUUCAAGACAAUCCGCGUUGAGGAUCUUGUGAACGGAUACAAUGAUGAAUUCUAUGAAGUCUCCAAAGGGUUUUUAAAGUUCCAAGACAAGCGGAUAUUUGAAAAUUUCGGUCUUUUGGCUUGGAAACAAGGCUUCCAACCGGACCUUUACACAAUCAAUACUGGCGCACGUAAUAUAAACAGAUUAGGGCAAAUUGAAAAAUACAACGGCAAAUCCCAAUACGAUAUUUGGCGGACAGACUCUUGCAAUAGUAUACAAGGAUCUGAUGGUAUUUUGUAUCCAGCCAAUUUAAUCAAAGUUAAAAAACCAGUCGAAGUUUUCGUGCCCCAAAUGUGCAGAAGAAUGUCUUUAGAGUACAGUGGGGAGAGUAGUUUGUUCGAGAAUAGAAUACCUGCUUAUAGGUAUAAGGUACCACUGGAUGUUUAUGACAGUGUAGGAGACAAGGCGUGUUUUUGUGAUAAAGAAACCAAUUCUUGUCCGCCCAGAGGAUUUUUCAACGCUACAAUUUGUUCAUUUGGCGCCCCAUUCUUCUAUUCCCUACCCCACAUGCACAACGUAGACCCGAAAAUCCAAAACGCAGUGACUGGUCAAAGAUCCAAUCCUACAGACAUAGAAUCUUUCAUCGACAUUCACCCUAACUUCGCCAUGGCCCUGAGAGCAAAAAUUCGAUUGCAAUUGAACGUGAGGGUGGAAAAAAGUUUCGGAGUUUCGGAACUCAACAGGUUCGAUGAUGGAUUGAUGCUGCCUAUUGUUUGGAUCGAUUCGGCUGUAGAAGAAAAAGACCUCAAUGACGAGAUGGUAUCAUUAAUUUUCCACAUGACGUUUACCGUAAAAAACUUGGAAUUGGGGCUCAAAUAUGGCUGCCUACUGGCCAUGAUGGUCACCCUUACCAGUAUUCUAUUAGUAUUGAAGAAGCAACGGGAAAGUAGACACAGAAUGGACAGUAUGAGGAGGCCAAUCAGUAGAAGUGAAGAGGCAUGAAUAUUGUGAUAUUUGAAAAGUGUCAUAAUAAAAUGAAACGUCCAGUCCAGCUGACUGCUGAUGCCUUUAUUUUUACAUUUGGAGAUGUGUAAAACUCUAAAGGGCUCACAGUCAAUUGACAUCAAAUCAGAUUAUUUUGGAGAAGAUUUUGUUAAAUUGAAAGAAUACCAAUUUUCAGAUAAAUUAGGUAUAGAGACUGAUCUGAUCUGCUCCAUAAUAAUCUGAGAAGGCAUUUAUUCAUUAAUAUUUUGGCAAGAAAUUAUCAUAAAUUCAAAUUAUUUAUUGCAUAAUAAUUAGUUCUUUUUCUUGGUAAUUGGGGCGUCAUUAUCAAUGUUUUGAUUUGAACUGUUUUUACGAAUUGUCGAUAACCUUUUAGUCUCUAUAUUUAUUGCCUCUUGUGAGAUUAUUUUAUUGCAAAAUUUAUUGCCAAAAUUUAUAUCUACUUAUUUUACUACUUAUUAUCCGUCCAAUAUUUUUAGAGAUUAUCGAAUACUCUUUGAAAUUUUUUGGGUUCAGGCUCAAUAAUUUAACUUGUAGCCUAUUUCUGUUUAAUAAGAGCAUAGAUUAUUUAAUUUUCUAGAUAUGUAUGUGCUUUAUAGACUGAUUCUUCAUUAUUUUAAGGGUUGUUUUAUUAGGUAUAGGCUUUGUAAUUUUUUUUUUUGACUUAUUUUGAUUGUUAUUUUCUAUUGUUUAAAUUUGUCUGUUAAUUAUACGAAUAGUUUGUUUAUAUAUUUUUUUGUUUGUUUUUUUCCCUAUUUUUUUUAUCCUAUUCACUUAUUAUAUGACACCUGAAGCUUUUUAUUGCAAAUUUUUGUAGGAACGAAACGUGAUUUGACUUUAUACAGGGUGUAUCAGGUUCGAGUACAAAUAUUUAAAUAUGUGAUAAUAUCUAAUAAAACUGUCCUACUGACCAUGGGUUAAUUAUCAGUAUUUUUU